CUUACCUGUGUAUUAUACAUUGUCGAAGAUAAUUGACGAAAUGGCACAGGCAGCCUCGAAAACAUGUGAGAUUUGUGUUAGUGCUCCAGGAUCCCAAUACUGCUUAGAAUGUGAGCAAUAUUUUUGUGAAAAUUGUAAAACCUUUCAUAUCAGACAGAAACUAUCAAAAAAUCACCAAUUUCAGUCUUCAUCAGACGUUAUCCCGGAAGGUAAAUCGAAAUGUAAGGAACACAAUGAAGACUUCAGUUUUGUGUGUAAUACAUGUAAUGUAGCAGUGUGCAGUAGUUGUGUAACUGAUAGUCACACAGGGCAUGCCUUUUCUAAGUUAAUAGACAGCAUAUCACAGCUGAAGGAGAAGAAUAAAAAAGACCUCCAAAGAAAGGUUCACAAGACAACCCAAAACAUGAAAAAGAUGGAAGAAGUUCUAAAGGCAUUUGAUGUGAAGGCGGAAGUAGUAGUCAAAGCUAUUACAGAAGAAGGUACGAGGAUAAAGGCUAUGGUUGAUAAAUGUAUCGCAAAGAUGAUUGCAUCGGUCAAGGACCAAUCCAAGACGGAAACGGACAAAUUAACAAAGAUCAUAGCAGAUAGGAAAAUGGAUUUGAAGUCGGGAAGUAACUUAGACAAGAAGAUAUAUGAACUCGACAGGACACAAAAUGAUGGAAAAUUGUUACAGUCGUUACAGAAGCUUACAGAUGACAUUGCAAAGCUGACGAUAGAGUCUAUACCCGAAUUUCCGAACAUACAGUAUACUGCUAAGCCUGUAACAUAUAACGACAUCAAACAAUUGUUUGGCAUCUUCAAAAUAAGUGGAGUACGUACACAACAUACCGGAAACAGAGAGAAAGAAUUACCUAAACCACAGAGUGAUUACGAACAGGUUACGAAACCAAAAGAGGAAGGAAAAUCCCUGUUCAGAUGUGACGAGUGUGGAAAGGAAGAGAGAUCUGAUUACUAUGCAUUGAAAGAUCUAGCUAGAAACAAAGUGGUUGCUGAACAAAUUGUUACCAGUGAACCGGUUGUGGGUGUUAAAUCACCUGAGGAUGAUGCUGAACUAAGAAAAUUUGUGGAAGAACAAAAUAAUGACACUGAGGUUCUUCAGCUCCGCAAGAGGGCUCAACCACAGGAGGAAGCAGACAAAGUGGCCGAAUGCUUCUACCAUCAAGACGGCAUUUUAGAUGCUAUCCCAGAGGAGGAAUGGAGAGUGGUAUACCAAAUGGAGAUGCCUAAAGUGUAUAGGCAAGAAAUUAUUGGUCUUGCCCAUUACACCCCUUUGGCUGGACAUUUAGGUAUAAGGAAGACUUGCCUUAAGAUCUUGCAGCAUUUCUACUGA